AUGUUAUUCUCGCUGGUAAGGCGCAAAAUGCCAACAAAUACAAAACUUUGGCAAGAUCCAGUACUGGGAUAUUUUGAAACUCAUGGAAAAAUGAAGUUCAUCGCUGGAGAAGAUUAUGGCAUUAGCGAUGAAGAAAAAAAGGCUGUCUUAUGGCGAUAUCGAUUAAAAGAAAUUUUGAAGAAAGAGUAUCUUAGACGAGAAUACGACCCACAUACCUUCAAGUAUAGAGAAGGUGUAAUAAUUGACCCAGCUGUUUUUCGUUGGUAUUCGGCCAAUGCGAUGCAAUACGAAUUUUUCCGUUACACUCCACGGUCUGUGUUCCUUUAUGCUGGCUCGUUUGUCGUCGUAUUCUAUAUUCUGAUCAGAAUAAUGUUCCAGUUUGAGGAUCGUGGCCGUGACAUGUGCCUGGAUGGUGAAUUGUUAUGGUGGGAUCGUAUGUAUAAUCGUCAUGUGAAUACGUGUGGCAACUUUCAUUUCAGUCCAACAUUUGUGAAUUAA